AUGGCGGCGGCUGUAGCUGAAGACAAUAGUCUGUAUCCGAUUGCGAUCCUCGUGGACGAACUCAAACAUGAAGACGUUCAAUUGCGUCUCAACUCGAUCCGCCAGAUCCGCAUCAUUGCGGAGGCAUUAGGGCAUGAGCGGACGCAGAAUGAGCUGCUGCCCUUUAUGAACGACUCGCUCGAUGAUGAAGACGAAGUGCUGCUUGUGAUGGCUGAAGAGCUCGGAGAUUUCGUAGAUGUGGUGGGAGGUCCAGCUUAUGCUUACUUGCUGCUCAAACCCUUGGAGUCGCUCGCAACAGUCGAUGAAGCUUCUGUCCGGAACAUGGCAGUCCGCUCGAUCUGCAAAGUCGUUGAAGCAAUGGAAACGGAACACGUGGCUGAGCACUUUGUACCGGUGCUCCGGCGCCUUGUCACACGUGACUGGUUCACCUCGCGCAUUGCCUCGUGCAGCCUCUUCCAGGUUGGCUACUCCCGUCUUUCGACUGAGAUGCAAGCAGAGAUGCGCAGUAUGUUCGGCCAGCUCUGUCGAGAUGACACGCCGAUGGUGCGCAAAGCUGCGUCUGCUGCCCUUGGUGGUUUUGCUUCUGUAAUGGACGGCCAUAGUGCCAGCUCGGAGAUGCUGCCAUUGUUUUUGACACUGGCAACGGACCGCCAGGAUUCAGUCCGAAUACACACGAUCGACAAUGCUGUUGCGCUGGCACGCCUCGUGCCGUCCGAUGUACUUCCGACGCAGGUGUUGCCAACCAUCUUUGAGACGGCACGUGAUGCCUCGUGGCGUGUGCGUUGGUCGGUUGCCAACCGGUUUCCAGAGAUUUGUGACGCGUUGACUGCUGAGACUAUAAAUUCGACGUUCUGUGACGCAUUUGUCUCGUUGCUGGAGGAUAAUGAAGCUGAGGUGCGCACUGCAGCCACGUCGAAGAUCCUCGGUGUUGCGAGGCUUCUGCAGCCGCAGCGGAUUGUGGAAAAGGUUGUGCCCUGCUUCCAGCGUCUAGCGCGUGACAUGUCCGACCACGUGCGCUCUGCGCUGGCCUCUGUGGUGAUGAAGGUCGCUCCAUCCUUAGGCCGAGACCUCACGAUUGAGCACUUACUGCCUCUUUUUCUGCUUCUGCUCAACGAUCAAAACUCGGAAGUGCGGUUGAAUGUUAUCUCGAACCUGGAAGAGGGCAACACUGUGGUUGGAAUCGAGCUGUUGUCGCAGUCACUUCUGCCUGCAAUCGUGCAUCUUGCGGAAGACCGCCAGUGGCGUAUUCGUCUCGCGAUUAUCGAAUACAUCCCGCUGCUCGCUGUCCAGUUGGGGCGUGACUACUUCGAAGAGCAGCUGGCCGAGUUGUGCAUGGCGUGGAUGGUUGACAACGUUUUCUCGAUUCGGGAGGCGGCCACGGUCAACUUGAAGAACUUGACUGAGCACUUUGGUGUGGACUGGGCACGUGCGAGUGUGGUCCCGCGAAUUCUGGCCAUGCACUCGAAUGCCAAUUUCUUGCAUCGCUUGACAUCUUUGCACGCGGUAAACGUGCUUUGCGAAGCCAUGACCCCCGAUUUGAUACAAACGCUGCUUAUCCCUCUGGCUGUAGAGCUGGCCCAGGAUCCGGUCCCGAACAUCCGUUUCAAUGUGGCAAAAACAUUGGAGGUGCUCGGUUCUAAAGUAGAUGCGGAAGCUCGCACGAAUACUAUAGCCCCGUGCCUGGGUGUCCUAUUGCAAGACGGUGACACCGAUGUUGUCUUCUUUGCGCAGCGAGCUCUCUCGACGCUUGGCUAG